AUGCAGCGUGAAGCCUAUAAACCUUCUAUAUUAACAGAUCAAUCUACUGAAACAGCUCAAUUUACUGCACGCCCUGUGCAGAUGUCGUAUCUUUGUGCAGAUUGUGGUGCUGUAAACCAAAUCCAAGCACGAGAAGUAAUUCGAUGUCGUGAAUGUGGUCACCGUCCAUUUAGGACAAAAAGAAUGAUUCAGUUUGAGGCAAGAUAA